AGUUCGAUAACUGCCCCUGUUGAAGUUGCAUCGACGUCGGGAUGGAGUUUCAUGGGAGCGACACGCGUUUUAAAUAUUCAUAGUGAUUGUGAGGGUGCCACCGAACUUUUUUUUUUUUGACCAUGGGUGCCGUUUUUAAUUAGAUUCUCUGUCGAAUCGUUUCGAUUCAGAUACAAAAGGAGCCCAAAAUUUAUCGACGCUAAUGAAUGGAAAAGCAUCCUUAUCAGGAUUUCUCUUUUGAGGAUUCGAUUAUGAAGAUAUUUCGUAGUAUUUUAUUGAAUUUUAUACUGGGCCUUCUAGAAACAAGCGACGCAGUAGAUCCUUCACAAUGCAUUGCACCCCUCGGUAUGGAAAGCGGAAUUAUACGAGAUUCAGAUAUAACUGCGAGUUCGUCUUUCGAUAACGGCAACGUCGGACCCCAAAACGGCAGGAUACGAACCGACAAAAACGGCGGAGCCUGGUGUCCGAUGAAACAAGCGACGACGGAACCGGACGAAUGGCUGCAAAUCGACUUGCGAAACGUCCGUAUGAUAACCGCUACCGAAACGCAAGGACGUUUCGGCAACGGACAGGGCAUCGAAUACGCCGAAGCGUACAUUUUGGAAUAUUGGAGACCGAAAUUACACAAAUGGAUCAGGUAUCACAAUAGUAAAGGCGAAGAAGUUAUAACCGGCAACAUAAAUCCGUAUCUGGAAGCUAAACGCGAACUAGAUCCGCCGAUAUGGGCGAGUAAAUUUCGAUUUUACCCGUAUAGUUAUCACAAGAGGACUGUUUGUAUGCGAGUCGAAUUGUACGGUUGCCAAUGGACGGACGGUAUAAUAAGUUAUUCGAUGCCGCAGGGAGAUAAGCGCGGCAACAAUUGGGAAUUUUAUGAUUUCAGAUACGACGGCGAUUGGGACGGUAAUAUGCUGAAGAACGGUUUGGGUCAAUUGACAGACGGCAAAUUCGGACACGACGAUUUCAAAUCGGAUUUUUACGACGGUCAAACUUGGGUCGGUUGGAAAAACGAUACCAGACACGGCGGACCAAUCGAAAUCGUAUCGGAAUUCGAUAGAAUACGAGAGUUUUCGUCCGUGCAUAUUUAUAGCAACAAUCAGUUUACCAAGGAAGUGCAGAUUUUUUCCAUGGCCAAAGUAGAUUUUAGUAUAGGCGGGAAGCGGUUCUCCCGAAGCGAGCCGAUCACCUACGAAUACAUCGAAGAUCGAAUAUUCGAAAGUUCUAGAAACGUAUCGAUUAAAUUGCACCACAGAAUCGGAAAGUUCGUUAGGGUUCGAUUAUAUUUCGCUUCUAAAUGGAUACUGAUAAGCGAGAUUUCGUUCGAUUCCGUCGUCGUGAACGGUAAUUUCACCGUCGAGGCGGAACCCACCUCGACACCGCCCGAGGAUAGUUUAUCGGAAGAAGAAAAACACGAUCAUAAGAUCGAAAUUCCCGUACCGAACGAUGUCAACGAACCGGCUAUAGUCGCUAUUAUCGUUAUAGGUAUCAUUUUGGCCAUUCUAUUGAUUGGUACUAUGGCGAUUCUCGUUUAUAGAUUGAGGAAUAGGAAAUUUUUCGGUAGUCCUAAUUCAUCGAAUAUCGAUUUUCCGAGUACAACGAUGCCGCAUCUUCAACCGGAAUCAGUUUAUGGAUUCAAUGAAAAAGAAAGUUCCAUCGAAGCUUAUGGGGUGACUGAGAUCGAAGAUUAUCGAAUGGUGCAAGGUACGAUGAAAUCGAGUCUGAGAUCGACUUUACCCCUACCCCACCCCGGACAUAUAACUGAAAACAACGAAUACCAAGAACCAUAUCAGGCCAUGAAAUUCGCUCCUUAUUAUAGCUACAGUCCAGUCGUUAUGGAAAUGAAAGACAAAAUCAACAACACCAUAGAAAAACAAAUAAAACCGACAGAUAACUAUGAAUAUGUUACGCCCGAGGGCAGUAAUCUUCCCUUACUGUCCGACAGCGAUAGUACGUUGACUUUAUAUAGAAACAGAUUAACGAGCACGUCGUCGAAAGCCCCCAAGACGUCAACGAAAUCGACACACAACGAGGAUAUAGUUAAACAAUCGCCUACCAGACAAGACGCGAUUGCGGCACUAAAAAAUCGAUUGGACGGUAAUAAUCUGAAAGAAAUACCUCGACAUCGUCUUCGAAUGCUCACCAAGCUAUCGGAAGGCGCUUUCGGAACGGUGUAUAUAGCCGAAGCUGAUAGUAUAAACGAAUUUUCUUCGACGUUCUGUAGAUUAACCCGAUUGGUGGCUAUAAAAUUUUUAAAAGAAACCGCCGGGGACAAAGAGAGACAAGAUUUUUUCAGAGACGUUCGUAUACUGGCCGCCCUAGAAGAUCAAAACAUAGCUCGAGUUUUGGGUAUAUGCAGUUUGGACGAUCCACUCUGCGUCGUAAUGGAAUAUUUGGAUCAAGGUGAUUUGUGUCAAUUUUUGAGGACGAAUCAUCCAACGUACAACACGUUAACUUUCGAUUGCCUCCUGUAUAUGAGCGUGCAGAUAGCGUCCGGUAUGAAAUAUCUGGAAACAUUGAAUUUCGUUCAUCGAGAUUUGGCGACGAGGAAUUGUCUCAUUGGAAACGGAUAUCAAAUAAAAAUUUGCGAUUUCGGAACGUACAACGAACUCUACGUCAACGAUUAUUAUAAAGUCGACGGUUAUACGCCGUUGCCGAUACGUUGGAUGGCGUGGGAGAGCGUCUACCAGAGUAGGUACACUACGAAAAGUGACGUUUGGGCGUUCGGCGUAACUCUAUGGGAAAUAUUGACGAAUUGUCGUCAAAAACCGUUCGAUUCGAUGUCGGAUCCGGACGUAAUGGAAAAUUUGGCGCGCCAUAGUCGCGACGACGGUCAAUUUAAAUAUUUACCACGACCUAGCGCUCAUAAAGAUAUAUACGAUCUGAUGAUGGAGUGUUGGAAAAGGGACGAAACCGACAGGCCUACGUUUAGAGAGAUUCACCUAUUUUUGCAAAGGAAAAAUUUGGGUUACGUCCCUGUAUAGUUAUCGGCGAUUUGUUACGACGAUUUAAUAUGGGAACAAUAUUGUAAAUAAAUACACAGGGUGAUACUUUUUAAAAUAUUUAUAUAGAUUUAAAAAAAAAUUAAAAAAAAAUGCAUCGAAUAUUUAUUUUAUGGAAGAAUGGUGAUUUAUUAGGGGACAUCCUGAAUAAUAAUAAUUUUUUUUAUAUUAAUAAACUGGUAGAUGAUAAUCGCUUGUUGAAAGUUGUAGUCGUAGUUGAUACUGUAUAAAAUGAUCCGUUGUUUGAACAAUCCCUGUAUGUGCCUAUUUAUCUAUUAUUGAAUUAGUUAUAAACGAUGGGACAAUCGGUAUAACGAAAUAGCGGAAAAUAAAUUAUUAUUAUAUUAUAUCGAUCUUUCUAGAACAAAUUUAAUUAUCCCAAGAUAAUAUGAGAAUAUUAUAAAUUGUUCUGAAUGAUCCUGGAACGAUUUCAGAACAUUUUAAAUUGUUCCGAGUCAUUCUAAACGAUUCCAGGGCAUUUUUGCAACAUUAUAAAUCAUUUUAGAUCGUUUUGAAUGAUUCCAGAACAAUUUGAUAACUUUAAAAAAUCUUCUAAAUGAUUCCAAACAAUCUAAGAACAUCAUAAAUUGUUCUAUAUGAUUCCAAAACAAUUUGAGAACAUUAUAAGUUGUUCUAAACGAAUCCAAACAAUUCGAGAGCAUUAUAAGUUGUUCUAGAUUGUUAAAAAACAAUUUGAGAACAUUAUAAAUUGUUCUGGAUUCUUCUAAAUAAUUCCAAACAAUCUGAGAACAUCAUAAAUUGUUCUAGGUUGUUCUAUAUGAUGCCAAAACAAUUUGAGAACAUUAUAAGUUGUUCUAAAUGAAUCCAAACAAUUCGAGAGCAUUAUAAGUUGUUCUAGAUUGUUAAAAAACAAUUUGAGAACAUUAUAAAUUGUUCUGGAUUCUUCUAAAUAAUUCCAAACAAUCUGAGAACAUCAUAAAUGGUUCUAGGUUGUUCUAUAUGAUGCCAAAACAAUUUGAGAGCAUUAUAAGUUGUCUAAACGAAUCCAAACAAUUCGAGAGCAUUAUAAGUUGUUGUAGAUUGUUAAAAAACAAUUUGAGAACAUUAUAAAUUGUUCUGGAUUCUUCUAAAUAAUUCCAAACAAUCUGAAAACAUCAUAAAUUGUUCUAGAUUGUUCUAAAUGAAUCCAAACCAUUCGAGAGCAUUAUAAGUUGUUUUAGAUUGUUAAAAAACAAUUUGAGAACAUUAUAAAUUGUUCUGGAUUCUUCUAAAUAAUUCCAAACAAUCUGAAAACAUCAUAAAUUGUUCUAGAUUGUUCUAAAUGAAUCCAAACCAUUCGAGAGCAUUAUAAGUUGUUCUAGAUUGUUAAAAAACAAUUUGAGAACAUUAUAAAUUGUUCUGGAUUCUUCUAAAUAAUUCCAAACAAUCUGAAAACAUCAUAAAUUGUUCUAGAUUGUUCUAAAUGAAUCCAAACCAUUCGAGAGCAUUAUAAGUUGUUCUAGAUUGUUAAAAAACAAUUUGAGAACAUUAUAAAUUGUUCUGUAUUCUUCUAAAUAAUUCCAAACAAUCUGAGAACCCCAUUAAUUGUUCUAGAUUGUUUUAUAUGAUUUCAAAACAAUUUGAGAACAUUAUAAGUUGUUCUAGAUUGUUAAAAACAAAUUGAGAACAUUAUAAAUUGUUCUGUAUCCUUCUAAAUGAUUCCAAAUAAUCCGAGAACAUCAUAAAUUGUUCUAGAUUGUUUUAUAUGAUUUCAAAACAAUUUGAGAACAUUAUAAGUUGUUCUAAACGACACCAAACAAUUUGAAAACAUCAUAAAUUUUUCUAAAUGAUUAAAAAACAAUUUGAUGGCAUUAUAAGUUGUUCUAGAUUGUUAUAAACCAAUUUGAGAACAUUAUAAAUAUUUGUAUAAAAUUAUAAAUCGGAAAAUUUUGCAUGAACAUGCAAAUUUCAUUUUUGAAAAUUUGUUAAUUUCGAAAAAUUUUUGAAUUUAUAAUUCAAAAUACAAUUUUCAAAAAAAAAACUAAUUAACAAAAAAAUUGGAUCGCGUAUCAACCCUCAUAUCUCAAUUUGUUAUACAGAUUGUCCCAUCGAAAAUUCCACUUCUAUUUAAUCCAAAAUUGAUUUUUUCACUUCAUAAAUUCCAUUUUUACAAAAAAAUCGGAAGCAGUAGAAGAAUACGAACCCCGCAUUUAGCUCGUGGACCAAAGAUACGGAACGGACAUUUUUUUUUCGUAACUACUUUUUACUGAAAGACCCGGUAUUAUAUAGAUUUGAACGUAAAUUUUGGAAUCCAAUACAGACAAAAACAUAUCAUGGUCCAAAUAUACUUUUCCAGUUUUUUUAAAUUUUUUUGUAUUUUUUUUUUCAUUAAAUUCUCGCGAUUUUUAUUCGAAAAAAAACCAGCACAAUCAAGAUUUAAUAUUUUUUAAUUCACGUAGCACAAUAAUAAGAGACAAUGCUUAGAAAAAUUAAAAAAUAUAUAUAAUUUUGCUAGUAGUCAAUUGAGCAACAUGUAAAAAAUAUUUAAAAAUUAGUUUAUAAGAUUUAUAAAACGUAUACUUCGAAAAAUAAAAGUAGAAACCGACUUUUUCACCAGAUCUGAAUGUUAGUGAUUUUUUUUAUAAUUAAUUUUAUAAAAAUAUUUUUCUUUAAACAUCUACAGACAAAUUUAAGUGACUGGGAUUCAAAUCAGGACGAUAUUGUUUACAUUUCGUCUAUUCUAUCUAUUUUUCGUAGAUAAAUUUUCAACGAAUCGAAAUUCUAACCUCGAAAUAUUUCUACUUUUUAUUCGAAUGUAGUACCUAGACACACACACACACACACAAUACCCUUCGCCUUGACUGAAAUGAGAUCACUAUAUCGCUCGAUCGUGUACAAUAUUUAUUAGAUAAAUUCAUAAAUAUUUUCAAUCUAAUAUGUACCAUACUGUAUAAGCACUAGAUUAUAGAACAAAAAAAAACUCGUUUUGUAUAUAUUUACGAUAUAAUUUAUCAUGGCUUUUUAUAAAACCCCUUGUAUAUUGUAAUAGAGUUCUUCAGCGAUCGCAAUAACAAGUUUAGGCAACCCCUCGAAACUAUCUAAAUAGUUCCAGAUCAUUUAAAGGGAUACUGAAUUGUUCCAGAACGAUUUCGGAACAUUCAAAGACGUUCCAAGCCAUUUUAGGAAAUUGUAAGUUGUUCCGGACCGUUAAUGAAAAUUAUAAAUUGUUCCCCAAUCCACCUCAAGCAAUUCCAAUUGUUCCUAAACUAUUUAGGAAUGUUCUACGUUGUUCCGCAUCAUUUUAGAAAAUUAUAAGUUGUUCCGGACCGUUAAUGAAAAUUAUAAAUUGUUCCCCAAUCCACCUCAAGCAAUUCCAAUUGUUCCUAAACUAUUUAGGAAUGUUCUACGUUGUUCCGCGUCAUUUUAGAAAAUUAUAAGUUGUUCCGGACCGAUAAUGACAAUUUAAAUUGUACCCCAAAACCGUUUCAUUCAAUUCUAAUUGUUAGCGUACAAAUUCGGAAUAUUCUAAACAGUUCCGUUUACUUUUUUUAGAUUAAGUUGUUGCGGAACGUUAAAGGAAUUUAUAAAUUGUUUCCCAAGCCACUCAUUUAAUUUUAAUUAUUCCUGAACGAUUUCGAAAUAUUCUAAGCUUUUAUGCAUCGCGUUAGGGAAUUAUUAGUUGUUCCGGACCGUUAGAGAGAAUUAUAAAUUGUUCCCCAAACCACUUCAUCCGAUUAUAAUUGCUCCCGAAUGAUUUCGGAAUGUUCUAUGCCAUUCCGCUUCAUGUUAGAAAAUUAUAAGUUGUUCCUGGCCGUUAAAAAAUUAUAAAUUGUUCCGCAAUCCACAUCAAGCAAUUCUAAUUGUUCCCGAACAGUUUUGGAAUAUUCUACGUUGUUCAGCAUCAUGUUAGGAAAUUAUAAGUUGUUCCGGAAUGUUAAUAAAAAUUAUGAAUUGUUUUCCGAUCCACCUCAUGCAAUGUUAAUUGUUCCUUAACGAUUUCGGAAUAUUCUAAGGUGUACUGUAUCGUUUUAGGAAAUUGUAAGUUGUUCCCAAGACAAUUGAAGGCAAUUCUAAAUAUUUCUGAACGAUUUUGGGGCAUUAUAAGUUGUGUCAGAUCAUUUUAGAAAAUUACAAAUUGUUAUAUCGAUCUUUUUUAAUCUUUCCAGUACAAAGUGAAUGAAUUCUAAAUUGUUUUUAAUCGUUUAAUGAAAUUCUAAGUUAUUCUUAAACGAUUUAGGGCAUUCUGAGUAGUUCCAGAUCAUUUUCCAAUAUUCUAAAUUGUUCCAGAUUAUUCUAUAUAAUUCCAGAACAAUCUGAGAACAUUUUAAAAUGUUCCGGAUCAAUCUAGGGCAUUCUAAAUUGUUCCAGAUCCUUCUAGAACAUUAUAAAUAAUUCUAGAACCGUUUUAGAGAACAUUCUAAAUUGUUCCAGAGUAUUUUUUGUUUAUAACUACAAGAAAAAAAAUAUUUUCCAUGUUCAAUGAAAUAACAGAAAAACUCCAAAGAUCGUCAAAUUUGUAAAUAUCUUGGUGGUACGUUAGAUUAGUAGCUUUAAGUACCUAAACUAGCUUGAACAAUCAAUUUUUACAAAACUUGUUAAAAUCUUUUUGCACUGAGUAGUUUUUUCCGUUUCCAGUUGAUAUAAGUUCAAUUUCGUUUUAUUUUAUAGAAAAGAAAAAUGAAAAUUUUAACCAUAUAAUAAAAAUUUAAUC